AUGUUGCAAAACGGAGAAUUCGAACCAGUCGUUUCACCUGUCUGCUUGCACGACAGUCAAAAUGACCUCACUUUAUCCUGUGGCUGCACCUGUGCGGUUGAACUACAGCCUGUUCAUGGGGCUGUCCACAUGCCUGCUUGCCGGGACAAUGGCUUAGAAGCAAUGUGCCCGGCCGGUGGUGAUGAACGUUGUCGUGAGUUGGCCAAAUGA